GUUGCCUGAUCAGUUUCAUGUUAACCUCUUCUUCUUUAUCAUUUCUUGAAGCUCAACUUAGUUAAUUUUUGUAACAAUGGCAGAGGAAGUGGUCUUAUUGGAUUUGUGGGUUAGUCCUUACGCAGCCAGGGUGAAAAUUGCCCUGGCUGAGAAGGGAAUAGAGUAUGAGUCCAAGGAAGAGGAUUUGAGCAACAAGAGCUCACUGCUUUUAGAAAUGAACCCUGUCUAUAAGAAAGUCCCGGUCUUGAUACAUAAGGGGAAACCCAUAUCUGAAUCACGGAUCAUAGUUCAAUACAUAGAUGAGCUCUGGAAUCACAAGUCUCCUUUGCUGCCUUCUGACCCUUACGCGAGAGCUCAUGCCCGGUUUUGGGCUGAUUUUGUUGAUCAAAAGAUCCAAGGUACCAUGUACAGGCUUUUUGAGGCAGCAAGCAGUGAAAGCAGAGAAGCAGCAGAGAAGGAACUCAUUGAAGACUUUAAAGUGAUGGAAGGUGAGCUUGGGAAGAAGCCCUACUUCGGAGGAGAGACGUUCGGGUUUGUAGAUAUUGCUUUCAUUCCCUCCUAUAGAUACUAUUAUGGCCAUGAGACCUUGGGAAACUUUAACCUAGUGGAAGAGCUUCCCAAGCUCGCAGCAUGGGUCAAGAGAUGCUUGCAAAGGGAGAGUGUGUCCAAGUCCUUGCAUGACCCCAACAAGGUCUAUGAAUUUAUUUCGGAACUACGUAAGAAGAGGGGAUUAGAAUGAAUUUGAAAUUAAUUAUAAUUUUCAAAUUAUGGCCAUCAAUACCUCACUGGUUGUGGGGGUUGUGCUCGUUCGGGUUGGAGUCUUCGCGUCGUUUGACUCGUCAUCUAGCUAGCGUUUUUCUUGGAUUUUAGCCUUUGGGCCUUUAUUGGGUUUUGAGUUACUGGGUACUGGUUAUGUAUUUUUAUCUUGCUUGUUCGGCCUUCGGCCUUGUAAGCCUUCUACUAUCAAUGAAAUCCUAUUUACCUCUGAAAAAAAAAAUU